AUGGAAUUGCGAAAAGGCUCCUGGAAGAUCGCGAUUCUCGUGUGUGCAUUGGUCAUCUACCUGUGGAUGCUCUUCGUCGAUCAUUCGCACGUGUUAACUGACAUAUCGCAGAAGAUCACACUACAAAAAACGCGAGUUCCCUCAAGGUCUGUCUUGUAUCAAAGUUCUGAUCGAUCUAGGAUCGAAGACAUGCCUCCGGAUGGCCGGACGGAUUCGAAGAAAUCGCAAUCUCUUUUACCUCGAAACGUAAGCGAUACGCUCGAGGGAGGUAUAUCGGAGUAUCAGACACUUAAGCAACAAGGUCUGCUACCAAGCCGGCAAUUACCGACCGCUCUGAUAAUCGGCGUGAAGAAAGGCGGAACGAGAGCCCUUUUAGAGUUCUUGAGAUUACAUCCCGCAAUUCGUGCCGCUGGCUCCGAGGUUCAUUUCUUCGAUCAUCAUUACGUUAAAGGAUUUCGUUGGUACAGACGCAGAAUGCCUCCAACUCUGAUCGGUCAGAUCACCAUGGAAAAGACGCCAUCGUAUUUCGUGACAAGCGAGGUGCCGAAAAGGGUGAAGCACAUGAAUCCAGGGAUGAAGCUGAUCGUUGUGGUGAGAGAUCCCGUGACCCGGGCGAUCUCCGAUUACACACAGGUGAAGAGUAAGCGUCGCAAGAUGCCACGCUUCGAAGACCUGGCCUUCCUUAAUGGAUCAAAGAUCGUAGAUACUUCCUGGAUGCCUCUAAAGAUUGGAGUCUAUGUGCGGCACCUGGAACGAUGGUUACAGUACUUCCCGCUGUCGCAGUUUUUAUUCGUAUCCGGCGAACGUCUGAUCGCCGACCCGGUGACGGAGGUCACUCGGGUGCAGGAUUUUCUGGGUCUCAAGCGGGUGAUAUGCGAGAAACAUUUCUAUUUCAACGCUACUAAGGGCUUCCCUUGCUUGCUCAAGUCGGAGGACCGCGCAACGCCGCACUGUCUCGGAAAAAACAAAGGUCGCAGUCAUCCCUACAUCGAUCCCAUGGCGGUUCAGCGUCUUCGAGAUUUUUAUCGCCCAUUCAAUCAACGAUUUUAUCAAUUGGCGGGUAUGGAUUUCGGCUGGUACUAA